AUGUUCAACCUCUUCUCUUUGAAGCGUCAGCAGAAUGAUGAACUUUGCUCGGAGCAAACUGUCGACAAGUCGAUAGAUGGACUAGAUGCCAACUCUACGCGGAAGAUACGCGAAUGUCACGCGUCCCCCAAGGAGAGGGGACACGUUUCAUGGACUAUAGUACAUGAUUGUACUUCACAAAGUGAUUCACAAGUGAGCCAUCCAAGUUCGAGUGCUGGCCCCUUUCAUGCAGCUUGCUCUUGUUGCGCUAGGAAGCAACCCAUGCAACAGACUCUGGAAGAGAUGGAUUUUGAGCGGGGCAUAUGGGGAGCUGCUGCUCUCGGUGACCUUGAGCGAAUGCGAACACUUCUUGAGGAGCGUCAGCGGGACGUGAACGCUUGCGACAAGUCCGGGUAUACGGCACUGCAUUAUGCCGCAAGAAGCGGUAAAGACCAGAUCUGUCAGUUGCUGCUCGAUCGCAAGGCGGCGGUCAACGCGUGUGCCGGGGAAUUCAAGCUGCUGGCGAAGAAUGGCGCCAACUUGGCGCUAGUAGACAUCGAUGGAGAGACGUGUUUGCAUAAGGCGAGGACACUGCCAAGAUCAACAAACGCUCCCUUGGUCGAAUAUCUUAUGAAGGAAGCACAGUUUGACAUGGGUAUGUCGGAGCGGAACAGACGAGGGCAAACAGCUGCAGAGGUGGCAUCGUGUGAAGAAGUGUCGAAUGUCUUUAAAAUCGUGUCGAAUACCAACAAAUCUCGUAUCUUUCCUGUCAAGUAA